AUGGAAAAGACCAAGGAAAUGGAGGUCGGGUCAACUCCAGUAGAAGAUGCCCAUCUCAGGGACAGCUGUGGAGCCGGUUACACCAGGAAGUGGCCUCACCGAUUUCCUGAAUCCAGUCGUGUUUAUGAGACUCUGCUUGGGGAGUUAGCCAUCGGUUUCCAUGGUGAUGUGUUUGGACGGCAGUCUGGGGAUCUAGGCCAAACGACCCGGGAUUAUCAGCUGACAGUCGAUCUCUGCAGCUGCUCCAGAGUCGCCAUGGUCAUCUUCUUCUCUGAUAUGUUCUCCUUUCCCAACCUCCAGAGGAACUCCACCAUGGCUAAAGUAGCACCACUAAUCCCUCACCAUGCAUCUGGGUUAAAUCCUCCCACCAUUGUGCUACAAGAUAUGGAGGAGGAGCCCGGUGACAUCACAGACCGGGUCAGAAGUACCCAAAGAGCUGGACCAGGAGCUUUGUUCAACGUCAACAACAGCAACAACAACGAGGAAGAGGAGGAAAAGGAGAAGCAGGAGAAAAAGGAAAGGAAGGAGCAGAGGCAGAAGGAGAAGGAAGAGAAGGAGAAGGAGAAACAGAAAGAAAAGGAAAAACUGGAAAAAGAGAAGAAGGCUAAGGAGGAGGCUGCACGAGAAAUCGCAGUGAUUGAUCCAGCUGGAAACACUUACUACUAUUGGCUCUUCAUCGUCACUAUACCUGUCAUGUACAACUGGACCCUGAUUAUAGCCAGGGCAUGUUUUGAGGAGCUACAGUCUGACUAUCUGAUCAUGUGGUUCAUUGUGGACUUCAUCUGUGACGUUGUCUAUGUUUUGGACAUGGUUUUCAGGACCAGGACAGGUUACCUGGAGCAGGGUCUGCUGGUGAAAGAUAAGCUGAAACUUCAAGAGCGCUACAUGAAAACCUUCCAGUUUAAACUGGACAUGGUUUCCAUGAUUCCCACCGACAUCCUCUACCUAGUUUUUGGUACCUCCUACCCUGAGAUCCGCCUCAAUAAGCUGUUACGGUUCAACAGGAUGAUGGAAUUCUUCCAGCGGACUGAGACCAGAACCAAUUACCCCAAUGCUCUUCGUAUCUCCAACCUUGUCAUGUAUAUCCUCAUCAUCAUCCACUGGAAUGCCUGCCUCUACUACUCCUUCUCCAAGGCAAUUGGUUUUGGUUCUGACAGGUUUGUGUAUCCCAACCCGGCAGACCCGGAAUUUGGUCGCCUGGUGAGGAAGUAUGCCUACAGUAUGUACUGGUCUACGCUAACACUCACCACCAUUGGAGAAACACCUCCCCCUGUGGAGAACUCAGAGUACUUCUUCGUUGUGACAGACUUUCUGGUGGGUGUGUUGAUUUUUGCCACCAUCGUCGGUAACGUCGGCUCGAUGAUCACAAACAUGAAUGCUGCAAGAGCCGACUUUCAGGCCCGGAUUGAUGCCAUCAAACAAUACAUGAGCUUCCGAAAGGUAACUAAAGACCUGGAGAAGCGAGUGAUUAAGUGGUUUGACUUCCUGUGGACCAACAAGAAAGCCGUUGAUGAGAGAGAAGUGCUGAAGUACCUUCCAGACAAACUGAGAGCUGAGAUUGCCAUUAAUGUGCACCUGGACACCCUGAAGAAGGUCCGUAUCUUUGCAGACUGCGAGGCCGGACUGUUGGUGGAGCUGGUGUUGAAGCUGCAGCCUCAGGUCUUCAGUCCAGGAGACUACAUCUGCAAGAAGGGUGAUAUUGGUAGAGAGAUGUACAUCAUCAAGGAGGGAAAGCUGGCUGUGGUUGCUGAUGACGGUGUCACGCAGUUUGUUGUUCUCAGUGAAGGAAGUUAUUUUGGGGAGAUCAGUAUCCUGGCCAUCAAAGGCAGUAAGGCAGGAAACAGAAGGACAGCCAACAUCAGGAGCAUUGGGUACUCCGAUCUCUUCUGUCUUUCCAAAGACGACCUUAUGGAGGCCCUAACGGAAUAUCCUGAUGCUAAAGCUCUGCUGGAAGAAAAGGGAAGGCAGAUUCUAAUGAAGGAUGGGCUUCUGGAUCUGGAGGUGGCAGCACAGGGCCCAGACCCCAAGGAGAUUGAAGAGAAGGUGGACCGGAUGACCAGCAACCUUGACACGCUGCAAACCCAGUAUGCCAGGCUGCUGGCAGAGCAUGAAGCCACUAACAGCAAGCUCAAACACAGAGUCACCCGACUGGAGAAGAAGCUGGCCCCGCCAGUGCCACUGGAAGAAGCACCUGGUGACGCCCCGCCCCCUCCAACACCUGAGACCACCAAAGGAGAAGAGAAGAAAUAAUAGGAUGGAGGACUAACAAUUUGAACUUUAGUUUACACCUGGAUAAAAGGACUUCAAGAAGAGGAUCAAUGAAAUCAAUUCUCAAACUUGACAAGAUUCAAAUAAAAGUCUGAAAUCCUAAACAAAGAUUUUAUUUUGGAUCCUUAGAUUUAAAUCUGUCUGAGCUAAAAGCAGUUUUGAGAACCAACUUUUGGAGAGAGAGUGGUGGGAAAUAUGGGAAACAAUCUCAGGUCCUGCUGGAAAAGAGACUCUGGAUUUCAGCAGAUAAUGAAAGGACAGUUGCAGCUCAGAGGAAAAGGUUUCAUGCUCUUGUAGUCUGGUUUUUUUCUUAUGUUUGAGUUAUAAACUGUUGUAUUAUUAUGUAACAUAUUUGGAAAAAGGCAAAUGUCC